GGAGAACAGCCUGGAGGAGUGUGGCCUGGAGCUGUACUUCAUCCAGGACAUGGAGAUCCUGGGCAAGGUGACCACCCACGAGCUGAAGGAGGGUGGUGAGAGCAUCCGGGUGACGGAGGAGAACAAGGAGGAGUACAUCAUGCUGCUGACGGACUGGAGGUUCACACGGGGCGUGGAGGAACAGACCAAGGCUUUCCUGGACGGCUUCAACGAGGUGGUGCCAUUGGAGUGGCUGCGGUACUUUGAUGAGAAGGAGCUGGAGCUGAUGCUGUGCGGCAUGCAGGAGAUCGACAUGAACGACUGGCAGAAGAAUACCAUCUACCGGCACUACACCAAGAACAGCAAACAGAUCCAGUGGUUCUGGCAG